GGUGCUCCACUCCCUACGUCGCGGCCACUUCCCGGGAGAGUCUCCCUGCUUUUUCGCGUCCUCGUGGCUACGCCGUCUCUCUUGUUCCCUUGUGUUACUUGUUGGUUCGUGGGAGGACGGUGGCAAAGGCAUUGCAUUUCUAGCUAGUUUCCAGCUCGAAUUCUCAGUGCCCGCCGCCAGGGGGAUGGGGAUCAGACGGCAGCAAUGGCACGCCGUCGCCGCGCUCGGCGUCGCAUGGUGCGCGGCGGCGGCCGUCGCCGGGCCGGCGCCGGGCGUGGCGCGCCACCAGCAGCAGGACGGUGAUGGCAAUGCGUACCACCACGUUUGGCCGCCGAUGGAAGUUGGAUGGCGAAUAGCGCUGGGAUCGCUGAUCGGCUUCUUCGGCGCGGCGUGCGGGAGCGUCGGCGGCGUCGGCGGUGGCGGAAUCUUCGUGCCCAUGCUGGCACUCAUCAUCGGCUUCGAUCCCAAGUCAUCAACUGCGAUAUCCAAGUGCAUGAUUAUGGGAGGAUCCGUUUCGACUGUCUACUACAACCUCAAGCUAAAGCACCCGACGUUAGACAUGCCGCUGAUCGACUACGAUCUCGCCCUGCUCAUGCAGCCUAUGCUCAUGCUUGGGGUCAGCAUGGGUGUCAUUUUCAAUGUUAUUUUCCCCAACUGGCUCAUCACGGCACUCCUGAUAAUAUUUUUCCUAGGCACAUCAACUAAGGCCUAUCUGAAGGGCAUUGAGACGUGGAAGAAAGAGACCAUAAAGAAAAGGGAGGUUGCUAAAACACAGGACCAAAUAUGUCAGAAACCAGAGCACACGACAACAAUCGUCCCAGCAGAGCAUGCAACAGCUGCAAUCCCUACAGCACCACCAGGUGCUGCAGCUGAGGCAAAAGCCCCAUCUGACAAAGCAACAUCGAUUCUGAAGAACGUCUACUGGAAGGAGUUCGGUCUUCUUGCAUUCGUGUGGGUGGCAUUCCUCGGGCUCCAAAUCACAAAGAACUACGUCGCUUCGUGCUCGGCAUGGUAUUGGGUGUUGAACUCUCUCCAGAUCCCGGUGGCAACAGGAGUGACCCUGUACGAGGCGCACGGGCUGAUGACCGGGAAGAGGGUGCUCUCCUCAAAGGGAAGAAGCCAACAUCAGCAGACCACGCUGAGCGUUCGGCAGGUCCUGGUGUACUGCCUGUUCGGCGUCCUGGCGGGGCUCAUCGGCGGCCUGCUAGGCAUGGGUGGUGGCUUCAUCAUGGGCCCACUCUUCCUGGAGCUCGGCAUUCCUCCACAGGUUUCAAGUGCUACAGCCACGUUCACGAUGAUGUUCUCGUCUUCCAUGUCGGUCGUCGAGUACUACCUCCUGCACCGGUUCCCGGUGCCCUAUGCUGCCUACUUCACCGCGGUGGCGUUCGUCGCGGCCAUCGUCGGGCAGCACUGCGUGAGGAAGCUGAUCGCGUGGCUGGGGCGGGCGUCGCUCAUCAUCUUCAUCCUGGCCUCCAUGAUCUUCGUCAGCGCGCUCACUCUCGGUGGAGUCGGCAUCUCGAACAUAGUGCAAAGGAUGCAGCGGCAUCAGUACAUGGGGUUCGAAAGCCUUUGCAAGGCGUAGGGAGCUAAUGUGAGCAGAGCAGGGAUGCAUGGUAUACGAGAAGAAGCGACGGAUUACUUGUAAUUCACCAAGGAAAAAGAUGCCAAAGAUUUAUUUAGCACGCGUACGUAUGUAGCUAGGACACACACGUACAAGUUCAACACGUAUACCAGCACAUGACAUUAGUUGUCCUAGGUAGCGUGCGUUGCUAAAUUUGAAUUUGUGUGACAACUGACAAGCACAUACAUGUACAGGACUAGCUGCCUUCGACCGUUCCUGUCCUUUCUUUGAGGUCUCCGGCCAUGCAUGGCCGAUCUAUCUGACAGUGUAUUUAAAUUGAUAACAUAAACAGUGCUUUUGAAUUGCUGGAGUU